AUACGUCCCGAACAUAUCGAUAACAUAAUACAUGCGGAAAUCCCGGACGCAAAUAUAGAUGCAGGACUAUUUGAAAUUGUUAAAUCACAUAUGGUCCAUGGACCUUGCGGUCAACACAAUCCAAGAUCACCGUGUAUGGUUGGUGAUAAAUGCACGAAACGAUAUCCCCGUCCAUUGCUCGCCGAAACUAUUUCCGGAAAUGAUGGAUACCCCCUGUACCGGCGGCGUUCCCCCCGAGGACAAUGGCCAGUCGUUUAUAAUGAACCUAGAAGGAAGUAACGUUGUUGUUGACAACAGCUGGAUUGUUCCAUAUUCACCGCUACUCUCCAAAACCUUCAAAACUCACUGCAAUGUUGUAUUAUGCAACUCGAUCAAAUCAAUCAAGUAUGUUUGUAAAUAUGUGAACAAGGGCAGCGACAUGGCCGUUUUUGGAAUUGCUGCUCCAGAUGCGAACGACGAAGUGACACGAUAUCAAUUGGGCCGUUAUGUGAGUUGCAAUGAAGCAAUUUGGAGGAUUUUUUCAUUUCCGAUUCAUGAACGCUACCCUACUGUCGUCCACUUGGCUGUCCAUUUAGAAAACGGACAACGUGUCUAUUUAACGGAAGCAAACGCAGCUCAAAGGGCCGAACGUGCCCCGCACACAACAUUGACAAGUUUUUUCACUAUCGGCCAGAGCGAUCCAUUUGCCCGAGCACUCCUAUACUCCGAAAUCCCGCGGUAUUAUACAUGGAAUGCGUCAUCAAAAAUGUUCCAGAGGAGAAAGCAAGGGCAAGAAGUUCCCGGAUACGACAAUGUUUUUUCCACCGACGCACUUGGACGAAUCUAUACUGUGCGUCCGAAAAACGAUGCGUGUUUUUAUCUUCGUCUGCUGUUGGUCAAUGUUCGUGGACCGACAUCAUUUGAAUCACUUCGGACCGUGGAUGGUGAACUAUGUGGGACAUAUCGAGAAGCCUGUAGCCGGUUAAAGUUGAUUGAAAACGACACUCAUUGGGAUUCAACACUUGCUGAUGCCAUUGUUUCAGCACCUGCGAAUCAAAUUCGCACACUAUUCGCAAUAAUCAUCUCGACAUGUUUUCCUUCAAAUCCAGUCGAAUUGUGGAGCAAAUAUAAGGAUUAUAUGGCUGACGAUAUUUUGCAUCGAGUUCGUACAACCACUUUAAAUUACCAACUUGAAAUGGACGAUGGGAUACACAACGAGGCGUUGCUCUUGAUUGAAGACAUGUGUUUGCUCAUGAGCGGCAGUUCGUUGGACAAACUAGGCAUGGUAGUACCGAAUCGUGCAAUGCACGAUGCAUUGAACCGAGAGUUAGAACGUGAACGAGAAUACGAUCGAGACGCAUUGAACCAGGCAGUUAGAACAGAAAUUCCGUUAUUGACUAACCAGCAAAAGGAAGUAUACGACACAUUGCUGAAAGCGGUUGACGAGGGAAACGGAGGCAUUUACUUCAUCGACGCGCCUGGCGGAACUGGCAAGACGUUUCUGAUUUCAUUGUUGUUGGAUUCAGUAAGAUCGAGAUCGGAAGUUGCAGUGGCUGUUGCAUCCUCAGGGAUUGCAGCAACAUUGUUAGAAGGUGGUCGUACAGCUCAUUCCGCGUUCAAGCUGCCAUCGAAUCUCCAACUGACUGACGAACCGACAUGCAAUAUUUCGAAAAAUUCAGUCAUGGCAAAAGUGUUGCAGAAUUGUAAAAUUAUCAUCUGGGACGAAUGCACAAUGGCAAACAAACGAGCAUUGGAGGCACUAGAUAGAACAAUGAGAGAUCUACGAAGCAACGCAAGACACUUUGGAGGGGCACUUAUUGUGUUGGCAGGCGAUUUUCGACAAACGCUUCCCGUUAUUCCGCGAUCAACGGCAGCAGAUGCAAUCAACGCUUGCCUUAAACUCUCUCAUUUGUGGCGUUUUGUGAAGAAGCUGAAAUUGACAACCAACAUGCGAGUACUGAUGCAAAAUGAUUCGUCCGCAGAUGUGUUCUCAAAUCCAUUGUUAGCCAUUGGUAAUGGGGAAAUACCAAUCGAUGUUUGCAACGGAUUGAUUACACUGCCGCCGAAUUUCUGCCAUUACACAAUAACGAAAGAGGAACUGAUUAAUAAUGUAUUCCCAAAUAUCGUACACAAUUAUACAAAUUACGAUUGGUUGAGUGCACGUGCUAUUUUGGCAGCAAAAAAUAAAGAUGUCGAUGAGUUGAACUUCGCAAUUCAAAAUGCAAUUCCUGGACAUUUGUGUCAAUUCAAGUCAGUAGAUUGUGUGACUAAUCCUGAAGAAGUGAACAAUUAUCCAACGGAGUUCCUAAAUUCAUUGGAUUUGCCAGGAUUUCCACCGCACAAUUUGCAACUAAAGAUUGGAUCAGUCAUCAUCAUGCUCAGGAACCUCAACCAACCUAAGUUAUGCAAUGGGACAAGAUUAGUAGUCAAGCAACUCAAAAACAAUAUAAUUCAAGGAACAAUACUCAAAGGGAAAUUCCAGGGCGAAGAAGUGCUUAUACCCAGAAUUCCUUUAAUUACUACCGAUUUACCAUUUGAGUUCAAACGCAUUCAAUUUCCCGUACGCCUUGCAUUCGCUAUGACUAUAAACAAAUCUCAAGGUCAAUUUUUGGAGGUAUGCGGAGUGAAUCUUGAGUUUCCAUGCUUUUCACAUGGUCAAUUGUAUGUGGCAUGCUCGCGUGUUGGUAAGCCAUCGUCUUUGUUUAUUUAUGCACCAGACAACAAAACGAAAAACGUAGUUUACCACAAAGCAUUGAAUUGACUUUUAAUGUGAUUACU